UUUCUCCAAUGUGCAACUUGGACUUGGCGGCUUGGCCAUUUAUCAAGCAAAAAUUCCAGAACAACUUUCAGAGGAUAAAGAGGAGGCUACUAGCUAGCUUCAAAAAUCAAAAUUGUCCACUCCCAAAUCUUUUUGGGUCAAAUUCCAAAGUAUAGCAUUAGCAUACGAAUUCGAUAUCAUAUAUACGAACUGAAAUGUUACCAUUGUGUUUUUCCAAUUACUCUCAAUUUCUCUCCCCUUUAACCUCAACCUCGCGUCGCCGCCGGGCCCACCCCAGAUUCACUACAACACUCUCUGUUCUCAAAACCUCUCGACCCGUGAGUGAAGUUGCAGUGGAUGACGUUUUUCAAGAUUUCUUGAGAGAAAGAGAGUUAAAUGGGGAUAUUAUCUCCAGAAUUUCUGAUAGAAUUUGGCUUAGAAAUGUGGUAAAUUUUGAUUCCUUAGAAGCUGGAAAUAGUGCAACUGAGGCUACACAGUCACAGGAGGUAUUGGGGGAAGAUAGUGAAGGUGGGUUUUUGAAAUUGAAAAGUACCAAAGAGUGGCUUUCAGGUGAUGCCAUGGCGCCAGUUAAUAAAAAGAGGACCCUUAAGGAAAUACAAGAUGAUAGGGAAAGAAGGAAAAGGCUAAACUUUCUCAGAUAUGAAGCUCUUAAGAAUGAGCUACUUUACUUAACCGUGGGCAUUGGAACUGCUUGCAGUGGAUAUUGUUUGGUAGCUUUAUCAGUCCAGGCGGCUUUGAGCUAUGCAACUGGAGUUGUUUUCAGUUACGUGUACCUGCAGCUCCUCUGCCAACAUGCAGACAACCUCUCACAAGAGACAGUUCCUGAGAUUUUUAAGAAAAAGAAACUAAAAAAAAUUGGAAUACGAAGCCAAGAUCUGCAGGAUUUUUUUGAGAGAUCGGUAAAAGGCAGCAGCAUAGCUCUUUCAUCUCCCAGGCUUGUGUUUCCUGCAGCAAUAUAUGGAUUGUGGGAAUUGUGUCAGCAUUUUUUCCAUGAUCUUUUCGAUUUCCAGCUGGUUCCUGCUAUGGUUGGGUUGUUUGCGUAUAAAGCAGCUGCUCUGGUGCAAGUGUACAGGGACAAUGAAGACCUACAAUUUCUUUUUCCUGAGAAUGAAGAAGGGUCAGCUAACUGAAUAUGUUACUAAUAAAUGUUACUUGUUGAAGCCAUGGCGAAGUUGGAUGCCUGCCUAACUACGCCUUCUGGCAUAAUGGAGAAUAACCAACGAACAGCACGCUGAGUUUGCAGAACAUGGACAAGCUUUAAUAUAUCCUGCCCGUUAAGAUAGCAGGAUUUAAGGGAUGAAUAUUUCGCUUGUGCACUUCAAGAGUAAAUAGUUCAUUUGAAAGGGUGAUCAUGGGCAUCCACGGAAUCUUUUGCUGAGACAACUCUAGUAGGGUGUUAUAUAUAGAAAUAUAGAGUACUGUUUUGACCAACUUCAUGUGACUUGCAAGUGUUGAUAUAUUCUUGGUUUCCCCUUUUUAUUUGGAGUCACAAAGUUAUGGUAGGGAAUUAUUGUAUGUUUUGCACCAUCUAUGAACUGGUCAGAUAUAUAACCGACUCAACUUGUUUGAGACUAAGACGUAGUGGUUAAGUCAAUUGCUCUUUUGCGGCGUGCUUUGGUACAUGCCUAGAAGAAUUUGAAUUAGUAGAGUGGGAGUUUCCAAAAUCUUACCUUCCUUUCA